GGUUAAAGGAGUUCCCCAAACACUUGACUUCCCUCAUUUCCUGAGCAAAGUUCAGGUAAUAUGGAACAGAGAAGUGUCUGAGCUGUUCACGGAUCACUGAGAAUGUAUGAAAGUGAGAAGAGGAGCUCUUUUUUCUGGAAGGUCCAAGCAACCAUUCUUGCCUGUGGAUUCAGAGCCCCGGGCCUGACCACAGUGCCAGAAUCUGCCACCCCCUGCCCUAAAGGCGCCCCAAGGCUGCUGUGAGCAUGGCAGAAGCUCCUGUUGACUUGAGCACAGGAGACAAUCUGGAGCAAAAGAUCCUGCAGGUGUUGAGUGAUGACGGCGGCCCUGUGAAGAUUGGCCAGCUGGUGAAGAAGUGCCAAGUGCCCAAGAAAACCCUCAAUCAAGUCCUUUACCGCCUGAAGAAGGAGGACAGGGUGUCCUCCCCAGACCCUGCAACAUGGCGCAUAGGCGGGGCUGCUUCCGGAGAUGGGGCUCCUGCAAUCCCUGAGGACUCCAGUGCCCAGCCUAGCCUUGAUGAAAGAAUAUUAAGAUUCCUGGAAGCCAAUGGGCCUCACAGGGCCCUGCCCAUCGCCAAGGCUCUGGGAAUGACGACAGCCAAAGAAGUGAACCCACUCCUGUAUUCCAUGAGAAAUAAGCACCUUCUGAGCUAUGACGGACAGAUGUGGAAGAUCUACCACUCACGCCAGGAAGGCCAAGACAUAGCUCAUUCUGGAGUCACACAAGGGUCCCCUGCGGUUAUUUGUCAGCACAAUCCGAUCAACAUGAUCUGCCAACAAGGAGCCAACAGCCACAUCUCCAUUGCCAAUUCAAAGAACAUCCAGAUUGGUCACAGGAAUGUCAUAGUAAAAGCCUGUGGUGAGCCAGGUCCCAGGACCUCUCACCCUCUACCCUUGCCGGGGGACGCCUCUGCUCAGGACAUGACCCCUGGUGCCCACGGAGCUCAGUACAUCUACAUGAACAAGUCCUUGCUCCAACAAGUGCAGCUUGGCCACCACAAUGAGAUGAGCCUCGUGGGGGAUGCAGGGGAGCACCCCUCUUAUAGCUUUUCUGACAGCCCCCCAGAAGUGCCAACCACCACUGCUGACCCAGGAGCUUCAUUCAACAUGCAAACAUCUGAGCCAGGCCCUCACCCCGAGGGAGACACAGUCCAGACAGUCCACAUCAAAUCCUGCAUGCUAGAGGACGCCACCAUUGGUAACAGCAACAAGAUGACCAUCCACCUUAGGUCAAAGGGUGAAGUCAUGGAGUCUGGAGACAGUGAAGAGCCGAAAAAGGGAGACACAGGUACAAGCUCUGAAGCCACUCCACCCAGAAGCUGCCAGCACACGCCCAGUGACUCCAUGCUGCCCACCUCUGAGCUGAGAGCUAUGGCUCUGGGAGACAGUAGCCCCCAGACCACAGAACCUGUGCUUAGAGAGCAUGAAGUCCAGGACACAGAAAGCUGUCAGACUCAGGACUGAGGUGAGGAGAGAGGUGGCGAGGGCACAGGCAGAGGUGGAGAGGCCUUUGGGACUUUUUGUGGCUGUACACAGGGCCUGCACUAGAUUUCUGUUGUGAUUCAAGUGUGGUAUUGUCCCUGGAAAGGCCAAGGAUCAGCAACUUGGUCCUGUAUGACUCCAAGAUCAUCCACACACCAGUCUCUCUAUGGAUUCACUGUCUGACAAGGAUAUCCAUCCAGUCAGGGUAGAGACUUUGGGAAGCCAAAGAAAAUGAGUCACUGAAGACAUCAGGGUCUAAAGUGGUCCAAACUGGCUUUGAUUCACUCUGUCACCAAGGGUGACCUUGAAUUCCUGAUCUCCUGGCCUCCAAUUCCUGAGUGCUGGGAUCCUAGGCAUGUACCACCAAGUCCAGUUUAUGAGAUGCUAAGGGGGAAACUUCAUGCAUGCCUCACAAGGGCUACCAAUGCAGCCCCAGUCCCAGCUUGGGCCAUGCCCCUUCCAGUCUCUCUAGUCAUCUCUUCUUUCUGCCUUCCCAGUAAGCAAUGAAGCUAUGGGACCAUAGGCUGACCCCUCUGCCACUAUAAGUCAAACCAACCUUUCCUGCCUCAAAAUCAAUCAAUCAACCACAGGAGCCAGUUCUACCACUCCUGGAUGCUCACCCGAAGGGAAGAGUCAACACAGAGAGAUCUCCGCAUAUCCAUGUAGAUUGGGAUACUGUUCACAGCAGCUAACAAGUGGAACCGACCUUGCUACCCAGCAGUAAAAGAUGGGUGAAUUGGAGUAUGCACACAGCCAUGAAAAAUACUGAGGCUGUCAUUGGCCAGAAGAGGAUGUGACCAGAGGCCACCAUGUUGAAUGAAUGAAAGCCAUCUUAGAAAGACAAGGGCCACAUUUUCUCUGUUGUGGCUUCUAGACUUUAGAUAGAUUUAUAAAAUCAUAUACACAUAUGUGACAUGGAAGUACAUGUAACACCAACCAGGGGAUGAGGA